AUUGUUGGCGAUCCUUGUGUGAGAUCGUCCAACUGUCAAAAAUUGUUUGAUUUGUUGCCGAAAAUCGGUAAAUGACCACGUGCUGAUAACAUUUAAAGUUAAAUUUGAACAGUAAGAAUGGCUUCGGAGUUAGAGAACAAAAUAAUUCGGCAAAUCGAAUAUUACUUCGGAGACAUCAAUUUGCCACGUGAUAAAUUCAUGCAAGAAAAGCUGAAAGAAGACGAGGGUUGGAUAUCUCUGGAGGUGUUACUGACUUUCAAGCGCCUUGCCAGUCUUUCCGAAGACCCUGCAGUGAUAGCCGCAGCCGUGGAAAAGGCCGAAAAUGGCCUGGUUGAGGUUAGUGAAGACAAGAAAAAAAUACGGAGAAAUCCGGAUUUGCCCUUGCCAGAGUUGAACGAUGCUCGAAAAAAGGAGCUAAUGGAGCGCACAGCUUACGCUAAAGGUUUCCCUCUGGACGAGACUUUGAACGACAUAAUGAGCUUUAUGGAGCAGCAUGGCCCCAUCGAAUCGUGUCAUCGCAGGUCCAAUAAAGACCAUACCUUCAAGGGAUCGUGUUUUAUAAUUUUCAAGGACAAGGAAGCUUGCAAGAAGUUUAUUGAGCUUGAAAGUCUCAAGUAUAAAGACACUGAACUGAUCCGGAAAUGGCAGAGUGAUUACUUUGCCGAAAAGAAGAAAGCGUAUGAAGAACGCGUCAAGUCUAAAAAGGAUAAAAAGCAAGCGAAAAUUGAUGAAAAGGCCAAGCAGCUUGAGUACCCCAAAGGGGCUACGAUCUAUUUUUCAAAUAUCCCCGAAGGCAAGUCACUGACACGCGAAGAAAUUAAGGAAAAGGUCAAAGAGGUUGAUGACAGCGUCACAAUUUCGUAUAUAGACUUCAGUAAAGGGGAUCUUGAGGGACACUUCAGGUGUUCGGCGGAAAAUGCCGCUGUGGAAUUUUUAAAGAAACUCACAGAUGGUGAAUUGGAAAUCGGCGACAUAAAGUUGAAACUUAAGGCCUUGGAAGGGACUGAAGAGGAGGAAUAUUUGAAGAAGACUGCAGAAGCGGUUACGAAAAUGAGGGAAAAGGCCAAGUUCGGAAAAGGCAGAAAGAGGAAGGGACAGUAUCACAAUAAUGGCAGGGAAGCCAAAUCUAAGAAAACAGAGUAAUUCUGUUGUUAAAAAUGUUUACUUAUAGGACAUCAGAUCAUUUAAUUAUUAAUUCGUUAAAAGUGAGAAAAUGUUCGUUAUUCUUAUUGGGUGCCACGUUUGUUAUUCAUUUAUGUUGUAAUAAGUUUGGAAAUACGGUUUUUCUAUCAUGUGAGUUAAUUUUCUUUAUAUAAUUGUCCCCUUUUUAUGUACAUGAGGUAUUAUUUUAUUACGUCAGGACCUAAAGUGUAUAUUUUUUUACCUGAAGUUUGUAAAAUGUUGAGAUGUUUCAGCAAAAUUUAUGACUGUGUGACAUGUUUAUCUGAAUAAAAAAAUCUCUCAUUAA